GCAGCAGCGCGCACUCUCUUAAACAGCGACAAGUGAUGUGAGAGAGCGCAGACAGAAAUUGUAGGCUGCCAGGAGGCGCACCCCUGCGACCGCUGACAGAUGUCACCACACCGCUUCCUGUGGUUGGUCUCAGUUAACUUGUUUUAAGGCGACUGAUCCCGGGGAAGGACGGCGGGGGACCCGCACAACGUCCCGGAGACACACGACAUGACCUGACGAGUCGCAGGCAGCUGUCACCUACAAGGUGGUUGAAGCUGGUCCUGACCUAAAUAUAGACUGGCAUGUCACAUGUUAUCUGCUCUUUAAACUCCUGGACGCUGAGGACGGUUUUAGGAUCGCACAAUGUUUGUUGGCUGAGGAGAUGCUUUUAACCAAUAUUGGACCACAUUUUGUGUCAUGUGUGGAAGCACCCAGUGACUUCUCCUUCAGAGGAUUUUCCUACUUGGUUUUUAACGUGAGGACCCGGGGUAUCGCAGACUUUUUUUGAUUUUUGAUUUUUUUUGUUUUAAUUUGAGGUGUUUUUUUUUUUAUUACAAAAAUGACAACCUCGUCCAUAAGGAGACAGAUGAAGAAUAUUGUAAAUAAUUAUUCAGAGGCGGAGAUUAAAGUUCGAGAAGCCACCUCCAAUGAUCCUUGGGGUCCUUCCAGUUCCCUCAUGACAGAGAUUGCCGACUUGACUUACAACGUGGUGGCUUUUUCAGAAAUUAUGAGCAUGAUCUGGAGGAGGCUCAAUGACCACGGGAAGAACUGGAGACAUGUUUACAAAGCCUUGACCCUGCUGGAUUAUCUCAUCAAGACCGGUUCUGAGAGAGUGUCCCACCAGUGCAAAGAAAACAUAUUUGCCAUACAGACGCUCAAAGACUUCCAGUACAUUGACCGGGAUGGGAAAGACCAAGGGAUUAACGUGAGGGAAAAGUCAAAACAGUUGGUGAGCCUCUUGAAAGAUGACGAGAGGUUAAAGGGCGAAAGGGCCCAGGCACUUAAGACCAAAGAGCGGAUGGCUCAGGUGGCCACAGGGGUCUCCAGCAACAACCAGAUCAGUUUUGGCCGUGGCUCCAGCCAGCCCAACCUGUCCACGAGCUACUCUGAACAAGACUACGGGAAAUCUGGUGGUUCUCCGGCAUCUUACCAUGGAUCUACCUCCCCCCGAGUCUCUUCGGAGCUAGAACAGGCUCGGCCCCAGACCAGCGGAGAGGAGGAACUACAAUUACAGCUGGCACUCGCCAUGAGCAGGGAGGUGGCCGAACAGGAGGAGCGCAUCCGGCGAGGAGAUGACUUAAGACUUCAGAUGGCAUUGGAGGAAAGUAAGAAAGCCACCAUCAAAGCCCCGAAAAAGAAAGCGCAACCACAGACUUCAUUGUUGGACCUCAUGGAUGCUUUGCCUUCAGGGCCGCCGGCUCCUCAGAAAUCAGAACCAUGGGCAGCAGUGUCAGCUAAAGCAUCAAGUACCCAGCAAGACCCCUGGGGGGGAUCAGCUGCCUCCGCCACUGCUAUAGAUCCCUGGCAGUCUUUUGGUACAAAACCCUCUGCCAAUAGUAAUCCCUGGGGAACAAGUUCGGCUCCUACAACACAGUCCCUUCCGAAAAGCAAGGAUCCCUGGGCACCUUCUCAGGCAAUGGGAGCAGCUAAUUCUACAGCAGACCCUUGGGGACCGGCUCCGGGAGUUAAAACCAGUACAAGCACAGGAGGUUCUUCUUUCGAUCCCUUCAGCAACUUAAAUGGGACGGCAAAAGAUGAUUUCUCAGAGUUCGACAGCCUGCGAUCCAAAGUUUCAGCCGACUCCAUGCCAACUCUACCAUCCGUGCGCAGCGGCACCACAAGUCCCGAUCUCUUCGAUUCACAGACCACCACUACCACAAGUACCAGCAAACAGAACAUAGCUCGGAAAACCCCGGAGUCCUUCCUGGGACCCAACGCUGCCUUAGUGAACUUGGACACGCUGGUUACCAUGCCUGCUCAGCCUCCCCCUACGUUUAACCCUUUUUUGGCAUCAGGAACCCCGGCGCAAGGAUCUACUCCAGCCGUCGUCAAUCCUUUCCAGGUCAACCAGCCGCAAGCGCUCACCCUCAACCAGUUGCGUUCCAGCCCGAUGAUGGGAGUCAGCCCGUCCUUCAACACCGUGCCAGCUAUGGCUCCAGAGGGCUCCAUACCACCGCCAUUACUGGGGAUGUCCACAUUACCAGCUGUACCACCAACAGGACUUGGGAUUAACAUGAACAUGGCAGCCACCUUGCCCCACCACAGCUCGGCCAUCCCUCCCUCGACAGCCCAAGCUAUGAAUGCCACCAAUCCUUUCUUGCUAUGAAGGCUGCAGGAUAUUGGCUAUGAUGUAUAGUAAACACUACACACCGCUAAACUGUCGUCUUCUUCCAGUCCCGAGAGUAACAUCUGGCGGUUUCCGUCCUGUGGGGUGGGGGUGAUGGUGGCCCGAGGGGACAAGCCUCCAGCUACGGAUUAUUACAUUCAAGCUUUCUAUCACAUCUGAUCUAACAUGGACACCAAAGCUGGACCUGGGCUUCCUGUCUUUCGCUUGUCACGUCAAUCUAAGUGGAUCGUAGUCGUCUUCUCCACCGAGGCUCCGUCACUCACACUGGGAUGCAAGGCUUGUAGGAGGAAAACAUUAUAUGGAUUUGUAAGAUUUGUCCCUUUUAAGGAGACGUUGGUUUGGACUGGGGCUUUCUAAGGACAGAAAGUUUAUCCUGUUAUGUAAAGAGAAAAAAACGCGGUGACGCGGACCUGACGAGAAUGCAUUGCGUGCCUAUAAAAUGACUUACACGGUUACGUCACCCUUCUAGACGUCCUGCAAGUUUCAAUGUAACGGAGACGGGUUUCCAAUAAGAGCUUGUACUGUGGUCCUCUGAUCUUUCAAACAGACAUAAGGGGGUUAUCCAGAAUUAGAAAAACAGAGCUGAUUUCUUCCAAAAAUAGCACCACACUCGUCCUCAGGUUGUGUGUGGUGUUGCAGCUCAGUUUCAUGGAAGUUGUAAUACCACACACAUCCCGAGGACAUGCGUGGUGCUGUUUAAGGACGAAAUUUUCUUAGUUUUUCUAUUCCUGGAUAACCCCUUUAAUACAGUGUAGCAUAGGCAGCCAUUUUGGAUGGUGAAUUAAAGGGGUUCUCCGAUUUUACAUAAAUUAAGCUACAUCAGUGUAUAAUUUA